UGUUGGAGGCCUGCGAUGCUACCUUCCCUAUAACUAGUCACCUCGCAAGCAUCGAAUUGGAAGAGCCCUUCGAGGCCAAUUCUCUGAAACGAACGCUUUAUCUCCGCAGGCUCGAGUUGUUAAUUCCGCAUUUUCUUGGCGAUCUUAUCAAUCAGCCUUGGAUCAGAUAAAUCGCCUUGGCCCUGAACUUCGGACGACCAUAAGCUCUGGGAAGCGAUACGAGAAUGACUUCCAAACUCAAGAAUCUCUACUACAAGCUUUCUGCUAGUAUUCCUAGCUCGCCCCUACCCGGAACUUUUUCAAAAGCACCUACGGGCGAUGCACUCUUCCCGAAGACCGACCCCGCAGUGGAUGGUGACGAAUGCCUCCAUGAUUGCGCAAGUUGCUCGGUGAAAUACCCGCGUAACUUCUCGAUUGACGAGACGGAGGAGCUGUAUGGACAUGUGAAGGGAUGGAGUACGCACUUGAUUGUAGCUACCGGGAAGACGGACUGGGUACGCGACGUUGCGGAUGAGAAGGGGAGUAUCAUGGAAGCGGUAGAGAAGAAGAGCAAGGUCAAGCCCAGCAAUGGUCGCCUUAUGUUAUCCGCAUCUGAUAUACCAGUACCCGAUCGAUCCGACAACAGCACGACCGUUCUGCUUCUGCCAUCGUUCCAGUUCAUAGACAACGUCACGCCGGAAAAUACUCCCGAAUUGAUAGCCAAUUUCGUAAAUACAGGGCCUACCAACACAUCGCCGCUCCCCAGUUCCUCGAAACCCAACCCUGAGCCCCUCCCGACCUCCGAAACCACCUCAGACCAACCUGCCGAAUCGGCACCCGCCCCUUCAAUCUCAUCCACGCCGGUCCUCAAAGCUCGCCCCUGCCCACAUAAAUAUCUCAUUCUCCUUUGCAGCCAAAAGACCCGCGACGCCCGCUGCGGCCAAUCCGCACCCUUGCUCCGCAAAGAGUUCGAGCGCCACCUGCGCCCACUCGGCCUCCAUCGCGACUUGCACGACGAGCGGCCCGGCGGUGUCGGCAUCUACUUCAUAAGCCACGUGGGCGGCCACAAGUUCUCGGCAAAUGUCAUGAUAUACCGGAAGGUAUCUGCCGUUGAGCGUAAGGAGGAGCUGAAUGGACGUUCGCAUGGGCUGCAGGAGGCGCUGGAGGAGUUGAAGGUGGAGGAUGAUAAAGGGAAGGAGGUGGUGCUGGAUGUGAAUAAGGAGGUGGAAGAGGAGGAGGGUGGGGAGGCGGCGCAGUGUAUCUGGUUGGCGAGGGUGAGGCCGGAGGAUUGCGAGAAUAUUAUCAGGUAUACGGUGCUUCAGGGGAAGGUGGUGAAGCCUGAGAGGCAGUUGAGAGGUGGGUUUGAUCGGUGCAAGCAGUUGGUGAGCUGGUGAUGGCGGAGAUAUGCGACUUCUUCCCUAUUUUGGUCAUGCAAGAGUGAACAUCUAGAGGGCAGCUGGUAGCGUAUAGCAUGUAUCACAGAGCGAUGCUAGACUCUGUCAAGUAGAUAGAGAUAUGAAGUGUGAGUAUCAAGGG